AUGCAAGGAUGCCUUUAUCGUGCCGUGUGUUGGUUCGCCCUUCUCCAGGGGUGCCUGCCCCUGCGCGGCUGGGUGGCUUCAGACCCUCCGGCUUCCAGUGAAUUUGCUUCUUUUUCCUUGCAGCGCAUGCAACAGCGCCCUUUACCUUUGAUUUUAGCGGCCGCUUGGACGUCAGAAGCCUCAUUCACUUGGCAGGAUCUCUUGGGCUCUUUGUGGUGCUCGAGGGCAUGCUGCCCUGCGACCUCUCCGAGGGGGGCCCCUGGGAAGACACCCGAGCCGGGGGGGCGCCCCUCGAAGACGUCGCAGCCCUUCGCGCAGCCUCAAGCCAGUGUCUACGGCAGCAAGUGCCGCCUUGGAUUUCGGUGGCAUGCCUCCUCAGCUACUGCUGUUGCUGCCGCGGCUAAAGAGCACCAGCACCUGGCUGUGCCCGCGACGCUGUGGGGGGAGCUUGAGGCCUUUGGACUGCCCAUCGUGGCUGUAGACUUUUCAGAGACCCCCCGAGGCGCAACCGCUGCAGAUUCGCCAUACACUGCUGGUGCACCAACCUUCUCCAGAAAUCCCCGUGACUGGCGGCUUGGGAAAGGUUUCUGGGGGGCCCCUGCUCGGGGCCCCCCGUCCGACACAGGAGGCACCACCGCACGAGCCAACGAAGCCGAAGUUUUACUGGAGGGCCCCCCGAAGCGCGUGGACCCUCGCAAACCCGUUGUCGGCCUGUUGCCUCGAGGGGCCCCCCAGCAGCAGCAGUGGCUGCCACUUGCCGCUCCCCCAAUGGGCAAUGCAGGGGGCCCCCUGAGGACCCUGCGCCGUCUGCUGCUGCGGCUGCUGCACCCGCGCCAGCAGCGGCAACGGCGGCAAGCCGCAGCUGCUGCGGCAACGCUUGCUGCGUUGGAGCACCUGCCCAGCAGCAGUGACGCUGGAGAGGGGCGCACUCCUGGGAAGGCGCAAUCGUUCCCGAAGUGGCGACCCCGUCAGGGGCUUAUGGGGCCUCCCGCUAGCGGGUUCUCGCUGGCGUUUGUACAGCCCGACGAGCCUUUCGUCAAGAGUGCCCAAGGGGGGCCCCUGAUGUUUACGGAGGGGCCCUGGGGCCUCGCGAGCGACGUGCUGCUGCUGGCUGGCCGCGGGUGCUCCUUCUGGGCAUAUGACAUGUUCGCUGCUCCUCAGCAGCAGCAGGUGGCGCUCCAGCUGCUGUCAAAACUGCCAGACCGACGCAGCAGACUGCAGCGCCUGCGCAGCCGCCACAGCGGCGGCAAGCAGCAGCACCUCCUAGAUGCGUGGGGCUUCCCGCAGUGGCCUGCUUACGCCAUUCUUGCACACAUUCACAAGGUUCUCAACACCCACAGAGAAGCUCUCUUAAAAGGCCCCCAAAGGCAACUUAGGGGCCCCCGAGGCGUGGAGGCCUUCGACUUUGGAGAUGUGCUCAUCGCGUGCAGCCACCGUGAGAUUGGCCAGCUCGCACAUGCUCUUCAUUGGAAAUGCAGCCAAGCAGGAGACAAAGCAGCAUGCGCAGCAAGAGAUCGACAUCGUGGCGGCGACGGACGCCGCGGCAUUCUGGGGGAGGGCCCUGCCUUCUGCCUGUCUCCCUCCGCUGCUGCUGCGGCGGAGACAGCAGGGGCAAAGACACCAUCGGCAGACGCAGUAGCGGCGCUCCUGCUGGCUGGAUUGCCCGUGCUCACGGAGCCACAGUGGCUAACGCACGGCAAGACAAAUGUUGUGUGGUGA